AUUAGGUAAAUAAAAGAUUUCGCAAUAAAGUAUGGGUUACUACACACGCUCAAGGUUCGCCCACAAAAUGGAUGACGUGGCAGUCAACAUGUUAAUGAUUUAUCAGAUUAAUAAACACAUAAAUUAUACUUUUUGGCUUUCGGAUUAUUAGCUAAUAACACGAAAUAGCCGAUCUAGCAGAAGACAUCCCAAAUUUCGUUAUCAACUUCGCUGACGAUAAUGUGCAUGCAAACCCAUAAAUUUUCACGUGUCUUGUCAUUAGUGUGUAGACUUGCUUUGGACAAGAAGGUAGGGUACUCCGUCCGUUUUCGAUUUUAAAACUUUUUGACGUUAGUUCAUAGAAAAUAAUCAUAACUGUUGCAUCUUGUCUGUACAAAUAUUUUGAUUCACAGUUAUUCGCGGAAGUCUAUAAAUCAUAGAAAAUGAUUUGCGUCUUUGAAAAGAAGAUGUAGUCAAACGUUUACCGGUUGCAGACGUUUCAUAUCCGUUAUUCUGCAGUACCAAAGGUUGUGCAAGAACGGGUUUAAGCCAGGCCACUAGUUGAAUUGAUAAUAUGAACAGGAUGUUAGAUAAAAGUUCCAGUAUAAUGAGGCCAUCCAUGAAAAUGGGGAUGAUCGCGUUGAUAGGCGUGUUCGUGGUGUUCUAUCAGUAUCAUCUAUCAACCGGCGUGCGAUUCGAUCAGAUGAUCAACUUCAACACGGACGGAUCCGUAGAUGUGCCGGUUCUGUCUCAGGAGGAAGUUGAAAAUUAUGUAAGAACGUCCAAGUUCACGGAACAAAUGAUCAAAAGCGCGGUACGCAGAGUUCAAGAGACGAACGGUCUGAGUCCUGACCUGGCGUCGUUGUUGGUGCAACAGCUAGUGAAUCACUUGAGCAAGAAUAUCUUCGAAUCGUCCGAGAAUAAUUCGAAGAUUUUACGAUCACCUCCGGUGACGAUGGUGACGCUGAAUCAUCAGUCUCCGACCGGAUCGGACGAGACGCUGGAACCGCUCUACAUAAUAACGCCGACGUACAGGAGGCCUGAACAGAUACCGGAACUCACCAGGAUGUCGCACACGCUGAUGCUGGUGAAGAACGUUCAUUGGCUCGUCAUCGAAGACGCGACUACCGCUACCAAACAAGUUACCAGGCUGUUGGAACGAACGGGAUUAAAUUUUGAGCAUUUGACUGCACCGAUGCCCGAGAAAUACAAGCAGAAAAAGGGUGCCAAACCACGAGGCGUGUCUAAUAGGAAUCGUGGCUUACAGUGGAUCAGGGCGAACGCGACCAAUGGUGUCUUUUAUUUUGCGGACGACGAUAACACGUAUGAUAUAAGCCUUUUUAACGAGAUACGCAAAACGAAGAAAGUAUCCAUGUUUCCCGUGGGACUGUGCACAAAGUUCGGUUUGAGCUCGCCUAUUAUCAAGAACGGAAAGUUCGUGGGAUUCUACGACGGUUGGAUAGCUGGCCGGAAGUUUCCCGUAGAUAUGGCUGGGUUCGCCGUGAGCGUGAAAUUCCUGCAUCAACGACCGAAUGCCACCAUGCCAUUUAAGGCCGGCUACGAGGAGGACGGUUUCCUAAAAAGUCUUGCGCCGUUCGAGCCAAAAGAUAUCGAGUUUUUGGCCGACAAUUGCACCAAGGUUCUUGCGUGGCACACGCAGACGAAGAAGAACGAACCUAGUGCACCGUUAGAUAUGAAACUGUACGGUGAAACGAAUCUCGUUAAAUUAAAACAGCAGAUAGUAUGAUGAAUUCGAAAUUUCGAGCUCAAUUUUCUUUGAAUCAUUUACUAUGUCUAUGAGAAACAAAGUGAUUCAGUGCCUGAAGUAUUGUAAGGUACGGUUGGUAUAGCAAUGAGUUCUUUUUAUUGUUGAGUUUUAAUUCGUAGGACGCUAUAUAUUCAGAAUCGUUUGUUCAAAAGAUUUCUAUGAUGUCAGAAGAUAUAACGCUUUGCACUCGAGAAGUGACUCGGUCACCAUUUUAUUUUAUACAAUAAUUUGAAAUUUUUUAACUGAUUCUAUAUGACACGUGUGAUGUGUACA